AAACCUUUUUCUUUUUGUUUUUCUAAUGAUUACUAACGAAUUAAUAAGCUGCACCUCGUAGGUAGUCUCAUUAAUUAUAUAAACCUUGAUCCCACACUAGCUCCAAAACUCAAAUCCAAAAAAAAAGAAAAAGAUGGCAAAGCUUGGCCGUCCUCACCAUCAUAUCCACCCCAUCUUCAUCUUCAUCAUCCUAAUAAUCCCGACCUUCGUCAAUGGCGCCAAUCAAAACCCUCGGCCGCCUUUCAAGAAGGUUUACGCCUUCGGCGACUCGUACACCGACACCGGCAACACCCACUCCGACAGCGGCCCCAGCGGGUUUAUGUUCGUCUCCCACCUUCCCUACGGCCGCACAUUCUUCCACCGCCCCACCAACCGCUACUCCGACGGCCGCCUCGUGAUCGACUUGGCGCGGGCCUUGUCCCUCCCCCUCUUGCCGCCUUACCUGGGCGUGAAGUCGGCGGCGCCGUCGGGGAGCGUGAACUUCGCCGUUGCGGGGUCCACGGCCAUUGUUCACAGCUUCUUCGCGAAGAACAACAUGACGCUCAACAUCACGCCGCAGUCGAUCUCGACGCAGCUGGGUUGGUUCGAGAAGAUGGCUGCAAGAUUUGGGUGCAGAGACAAGAGCAGCACUCCCAAGGAAUGUGAGGCCGUUUUCAAUGAGGCGUUGAUUUGGGUUGGUGAAAUUGGGGCCAAUGAUUACGCUUACAGUUUUGGAUCUUCUGUUACGCCUCAAACUAUUCAGCGACUCUCCAUCAAUAGCGUCACUGCUUUUCUCCAGGCGUUGAUGAAGAAGGGUGCCAAGUAUGUUGUUGUUCAAGGCCUGCCGCCAACGGGCUGCCUAACGCUGUCGAUGUACUUAGCCCCGUCCGACGACAGGGACGGCGUCGGCUGCGUGGGGAGCGCCAACAACCUAACCAACACUCACAACACAAUCCUCAAAUCAAAAAUCAAUGCCUUGAGGAAACAGUACCCUCAAGCACUCAUCGUCUACCUAGACUAUUACAACGCCUAUCUGAGCGUCAUCAAGAACGCGAGGAGCCGCGGAUUCAACGAGCUUUACAAGGUCUGCUGUGGACACGGCGGUGGAACCUACAACUUCGACUAUCUCAACGCCUGUGGCUCGCCUUCCUCCACCUCCUGCGCCCAUCCUUCUAGCUAUAUCAACUGGGACGGAGUUCAUCUCACUGAGGCCAUGAACAGGGCCAUGGCCGAUGCGUUUCUCAAUGGGACUUAUGCUCAGCCGCCCUUCAGUUCUCUCUUGAGCAAGAAGCAGCACCCAUCAGGAUGAAAAGCCUUUUAUGCAGUUUGCAUAUGCGUUUCUUUUCUCUCGUCUUUAAUUAUUUUGGUGAAAUUAAUUAGUUGCUGCGUAAUAGUAGAUCAACUGAGAUGUUUGCAUGCUUGCUGAUGAUCAAUCAACAAAUUAUUCUACUUCAA